CUAUUAGUGGAAGAUCCCACAUAUGUUGUAAGAACUCCAAAAUGGCGGCGUCCUUGGUGCACGUUUUGCGUUUCGCUUCUCGACAUGUCCGGUUAAAUUCGUCCUUUCCCGUGGCAGUGGAGGGGAGAAGAUAUCUGCUGUCCCCUGAUGUACUCCGGUACGACAACUACCUCAAGCAGUCGUCCAUCAUAGCAGACCAGAUGGAGGGAAGAAUAGACGUCUUCCAUGGCGCCAUCGCAGAUAAACUCCAGCGGGAGCUUCCCCUAGCGGAAAACGAUGUGAAGCACAUGCUGCACACCUGCAGGACGCAGGAGGACUUCAAACUGGCGGAGAAGGCUCUCAAGAGCUACCAUGAGCAGACUCAGCACAUCAGAAGAAGACACUUCCGGUACGGCCCCGUGCUGAUGAGAUGUUGUCAGCACCUGGGGCUGGAGGAGAAGGCUCUAGAGCUGGUCACAGAUCAGUCCCUACAGGACAUUUUCCUGGACGUGACGACCUACUGCCUCCUCAUGCACAUGCUGUUCACCAGGAGCGAUUACAAAGGAGUGCUGCGUGUGUUUGAGUUGAUGCACAGUCGCUCCAUCAGGGCAAACGCCAACUCCUACAAGCUGGCCUUCGCUGCUCUCUAUAAACAGAACACUCCUGAGGCCUUUGCCAGAUGUAAGGGUCUGUACGAAGGUGUUCAGCAAGGAGACCUCACGGACGAGACUACAGGAUUCAUCAUGGCUUUAGCACUUAACCAG